GAAUAAAAUUCACCAGUUUUUUUUUUGCCAUCGUCGUGCCCAACUUCGUUCGUGCAAUGGAUGAAAGUUUCAGAGUGAGGAUCGACAAGGUUUUUGGAUCUCUUGCAUCAUCAUCCGCGUCUAAAGCGCCUGUGAGCUCUCUAUGGUGUCUCGCGGAAGAAGAGAUCGAUAGCAACGAACGGAGCGGAGAAAAGGAAGUGUCUGAACCCUCGAGCAGCUCCCCGGAUAAACGAAGGCAGGAGAAUGAACCGACGAAUGUUUCCGUCGAUGGGGAAGAAGGACAGUCCAGUGGAUUGCAGAAGCCGAACGAUUACAACGACGAGGAGUGGGAGAUCAAAAACUCUAUCGGGAUGGACUCUACUCUAGAUAUGGAGGCAGAGGAAGAUGACAAUGACAAAGUUGCAUUAGGCAACAAAGAGUAUGGUUACAUGAAGGAUGUGAACGACUAUGAGACUGAAGCAGACGAGUGGGUGGAGCUUCCAUCUACUUUCAAAGAAAGAGAGAAGGACCCUCGUGCAAAUCUUGUCGCAGCAAAGCUUAGACUUAAAGAAGACGCUGAAGCUGUUAACAAGUUGAAUUCUUUACAUGUCUCUGAGGAACUUCAGGAUAAUGUGUGCAUGUCUACGGAAAACGGGAAAGCUCUCGUGGUGUCUGAAGAUAUCUUAUUUGGGACUGCCAAGGAGACAAAUGGUGGCUCUUCAGAUGAUAGUGGGCUGAAACCGAUAUUGAAGAGGAAAGAAAACCAGGCAAAUGAUUCUAAGUUGCCGAAGCGUGUUCGGUUUAGUUCUGAUAUCAAAGAUGACAACUCAACUGAAGGUGACAAAGAUUCUGUGAUGGAGACUAGUUCUCCUAACGAACAUAAUGUAGAGGCUGACUAUCCGACUGGGAUUCCAGAUUAUAUGCGGAACCCUUCAAAAUACACUCGAUAUACAUUCGAUUCAGGGGAGGUUGAUGAAGAAUCUAACCGGAAAGCAUACAUGGACUUUCUCAACAUGAUUCGGACAAGAGAUGAGCCUGUGGUAGAACCUAUGGUUGAGCUUCCAAGAUCAGUGGCUUUUGUACCAAAGAGGAAACCAGUGGCUGAAGGUAAAGUAGAAAAUAUAGAGAAGGAUUGCGAGGGAAGAAGAGUAGCAAUAGCUGUUGAUACCAUAGAAGACUGCACCAUUUCUGCUAUGGAAGAAGAUGAACCAGAAGCAGCUCAACAUGUCACAAGAAGACCUGGCCGACAGUAUCGAGCCAGAAGCAAGGAAGACCCAGAGGAAUGUUGAAGAUCAUCAAACUUACCCUGUUAAGAUUUGUUAUGAUUUUUUUAUAUUUCUUGAAUGAGGCAUUUGAAUUGGAGUUGGAUGAUGAAGAAAUCAAAUUUGCUUGGAUAUU